AUGUUCGCCAUGUCUCAACAUCAGUAUGCCUACGCGGCUGCUCCGGCUCCCAGGCAGUACUCCGGCCACGGCACCAGCAGUGCCUUUAGCAGUUCCGCGAAUCCCGACGAGGAUUGGACCAAGAUUUCUGAUCUUGCCGAGCGCCGCAGGAUACAGAACCGCAUUGCCCAGCGUAACUAUCGCAAGAAGCUCAAGAGACGCCUGGAAGACUUGGAGAGACGCGCCGGCACUUCAGAUGGAGCUUCCUCGUCUUCAGAAAAGGCCCAGACCACCAAGAGCAACAAGAAGUCUCCCGCUGCCCCAAAGGUCCAGAAACAGCAGCAACAGCCACAGCAGGUCGCUGCUCCUCCCAAGCAGAUGCAGCAGAACCAGUUCACACCUCCGAUGCACCACGAUGAUGAGCUCCUGUUCUCCCAGACCUACGAUGAGCGUGAGAGGUCGCACACUCCUCCGCUCUUCGGCUACUCAGCAUACCCGCCUCCGGAUGACAUGCUCCUCGCUCCCUACGGCAAUGCCCAGCCCUACCGGCCCAUGACCACGGAGGCGUAUUCCGACUACCUGGCCACCACGGUGCCGGUGACUCUGCCGUCCAUGACACAUUUCAGCGACGCCAUCAAGCGGGAGAGCACCUUCGUGGGGGAUGAGUCGAUGUCGCCGUACUCUAUGAACUACGGCUACUUGCCUGGGAUCGAUAUGAACGCUCCCACGCCCUACGAUUCGAAUCCUCAUGUGAGUUCCUUGCGCCACCACAAUCUCCAUCCUCAUUCCUCCCACCGACCGUGA